AUGUUCAAGAAAGAAAUCCCUCCUAGCAGUCGAUCGAAAGUGAAAUCCUCGGUGCAGCGCGGUCUGCGCCAACGAUUCCUAGAAACGUAUCCAGGAUUUGAACCAUAUAUUGAAGAGAUUCUUCCGAAGAAGGCUCAACUGGAUGCGGUGAAAUUACCUGAUAAGUGCACCCUCUACACAAUCGACAGCACACCUCUAUUCUACCAACCACUUGACGGACCACCGAUUCCGCACCUAAAACUAGUCCAUUCCUUCCCCUCCGCCCUCCCAACGGUCCAGAUCGACCGUGGCGCCAUCCGCUUCGUCCUCUCCGGCGCGGCUCUCAUGGCCCCCGGCUUAACCAGUGCGGGCGGCCGACUCCCCGACGCGGACCAGAAACUCGAAAAGGGAGACGUGGUCGCGGUGUUGGCAGAGGGGAAGGAAUUGGCGUGUUUGGUUGGGGUGUUGAAGGCGGGGACGGAGGAGAUUAAGGAAAAGAAGAAGGGAAUUGUCAUUGAUGAUGGACAUUAUUUGGGGGAUGGGUUGUGGAGGAUGAAUUUGGACUAG